GAGAUUCCGAGAAAACAGGUGAUAUUUUUCCUCCCAGCAACAAAACGAGAGGCUGAUCCUCCGGGCAACGGGCGGCGCUGCCGGGCCACGGCGAGGUCAAACACCAGCCGGCUUCUUAUUCGCCGGUGUAGGAGGAAGAGGAUGAAGCGAGCAGCGAGAUAAAGCGAACAAAAAACAGACACACAGUGUUUAAACGGUAGUUGCGAAACCCCGCGGUGGAGCUGGUGCGAUUGCAGUGAGGCCGCUGCAAGGAACGAGACGGGCUGGGCAGCCUCUCCCUCGUUAACCCUGGCGCAUUUUAAUCGGAGCGGGGACCAUGAGGAGUUUGCCGCAUUUCUGCCGCGGUGAGGUGGUGCGAGGAUUCGGCCGAGGCAGCAAGGAGCUGGGGAUCCCCACAGCAAAUUUUCCAGAAACUGUUGUGGACAACCUGCCCGGAGACAUCACUACUGGCAUAUACUAUGGCUGGGCUUCUGUCGGCUAUAGAGAUGUACAUAAAAUGGUCAUGAGCAUUGGUUGGAAUCCGUAUUAUAAAAAUAUAAAGAAGUCUAUGGAAACACAUAUUAUUCAUACUUUCAAGGAAGAUUUUUAUGGAGAAAUUCUGAGCAUUGCUAUUGUUGGAUAUAUCCGUGCAGAGAAAUCUUUUGAUUCAUUAGAUUCCCUAAUCACAGCCAUCUAUAGUGACAUAUCUGAGGCAAAAGAGAAAUUGGAUUUGCCAGAAUACCAAAGUAUGAAGGAUGAAAACUUCUUCAGGCCCAUUGAAAACAAAAUCAUGAAUGGCCAUUGACCAAGUUGAAAAUAGAGCUUGUGUAACCUUUUUCUCUUGUAUCGUUUAAAGUGUAUUUUAGUAAUUAUCUAGAUUCUGAUUUUAACUGUGCGAAUAUCUGACCAGAUUUUCCAUUUGACAGAUUUAGUAGACAAUUAAACUCAUCCUCAAAAGAAUAAUUUUUGCAAAACAUAAUUGGAUGGAUGUGAGAGUAGCUUAAGUUUUCCAGAUUUGCAUUUGCAACUUAUUUGACUACUGAAAUCCUGGUGAUUAUUAUAGUCUUUGUUUUUUAGUGAAUCAGUUACUAAAAAGUGAUUCCUUGAGGAGGUUGGAAUUUCUUGUUGACUGCCUAAUGAGCCUUUAUGACAUUUAUUUAUUUAAAUGGGGUAUAAUUCAGCAUGUUAAUGUGGAAGAAUAUCAAAUGGUCAUGUUGAGAAUCAUUACUGAUAUCUUUAGUAAUUUCUUUUUUGUUGCUAAUAGCACUUGUUCAGAUGGAAAGAAAAACAAAUCCCGAAGCAGCCAAAUUUGAUGCCGUUUUGUGGAGAAAUGUAUUAAUUGCAUUUUAAGCUGGUAACUUAGCUACCUCGGAAUAUGAUUGGAGAAAUUCUUCACCCAUCCAUCUUAUCCAGUAAUUGAUGUAACUGAUGACAAAUGCCUUGCGUAGUGCAUUCAUGAAGUACAUGCUUUCGGCCAGUGAUUCGACAGUAACAUAAUUACUGUUGCUUUAGGCUAUGGAGCCAGUACUGUUUGAUGCAGGUUGUGUUCCCCAGGGGGAAAAUAGAGGAGGAAAGCUUCCUUUACAUUAAACCUAUUGGCUACCUGUGGCCAGCUGUUUCUAAUGACUAUGUAAAGGUCUGAAUUUGCCUGAUGUCAGCUCAGGCUUCCCAGCACAGGACAAAUCAUGCUAUCAAAUCUUACUUUCCAGUUGCUAUUACAACUUUCUCAUUAGACUCUUACAUGUUUUUUUGUAUCAAUCACUAAAGAAAAGCAACAAAAUCAUCCUUGUAAUUGUCUUUAUUCACUUGCUCUGUAUCAUUAAAAAUACUUUGCCACAAUUUCUGCUAGUUACAAUCAAAAUUGGUAGCCGUUACUAUCCAGGCAUCAUCAAAUAUCUGGUAAUUUUGUGAAAAUUAUAUAUCCACUGCCAUCAAUCAAACAUCAUCAAAUGAUUUUUCUUCCUUUUGUCAAUGUGUAUUACUGUGUAAUGUAGAUCAGCAUUUUACAGAUGUGUCUUUACUGCACCCAUCUGAUCUGGCAUAGAUUGACUUGUGGAUAAUCAAUAGCAUAGGAACCAGAGAAAAUAUUCUAUUCCAGAUUUGAGAUCAAGGCAUCUUUUCAACCUACAUUUUUCCCUAAAUGCUGUCCACCUAUGGUGGAAUUGCAUUGUUUUUGUGGUAGAGUGCCAUAAAAAAAUAAAUCGGUAUGUCUGCCUCCGUCCAACACUGAACUGUGAGAAAGUUAGUGUCACCACUGAUCACUAAUUCAUGUCGUCACAGAAUUAUAUUGUUUUUUUUGGGCUCCAAGUGCCCUUUUGAACACUAAAUGUUCCAAGGUGAAGUUUGGAAAAGAUUUGGUGAGUAACUUCCCUUUGUGUCUGGUUUUUUAACUGCAGGCAUUUCUCUGAAGCCCUGGGAGAAAAUACAAACUCUUGUCAGUGUAUAGCUGAUGCUAACUUUAUAAAAUGUGAUUUGGUCAUAGGAUCAAUCAUAUAUGAAGUUUUAUCAUCUUAAGAAGGAAAUUGUCAGAAGUUCCCAUAGAGUGGGGAAAGCCCAAAUAAAUAGAGGGAAUUGUUCCAUAGUGUAUUAAGACCUUUAUUAAGUCGUAGUUCUGCAAUACUUCAAUUGGAAAGAUAUAAUUUAGAAUACAAGACAUUGGAGAGCUGAAGGACCUUUAAUGGGAUAUAACUUUGCAAGCUGAACCGUCUACAUUUGUAAUUAAUUGUCUUGGCUUCCUCUGUUGCAUUUAUAAGUGUUAACCAUGCAGAUGCAAAAUAAUUCAUUAAAAAAUAUAUUUAUAUAA